CUUUCUAAUUUUCUAAACUUUCCUCUAGGUCAAUCGCCCAAGGACCCAUUCGUGUUGUUGCUCUCUCUAGUCCAGGGUCCCUCGAUCCCUCCCUCCAAACAUCCCAAUGGGGAACUGUUGUUCCCAAAUUAAAGGUAAAAAUGUAGAACCUGAAAAUAAAAAACCCCUUAAAGGAGACAACAAACCGCAAGAAGAGAACAAAAACACAACCACAGCGCCACCAAAACCCGUCACUGCAUCAUCAGCCGCCUCGACAGCCCAACCACAAAAGAAUGGCAACAAAUCGCCUAUUGGAACGGUUUUGGGACGUCCAAUGGAAGAUAUUCGAACUCUUUACACCAUAGGUAAAGAGCUUGGUAGGGGUCAGUUUGGCGUCACCCAUUUGUGCACAUGCAAGCAGACGGGGAAACAGUUGGCAUGCAAAACAAUAGCAAAGAGGAAACUUGCGAAUAAAGACGACAUUGAGGAUGUGAGGAGGGAAGUACAGAUCAUGCAUCAUUUGGCUGGCCAGCCGAAUAUUGUUGAACUUAAAGGGGCUUUUGAGGACAAACAUUCUGUGCAUUUGGUGAUGGAAUUGUGUGCUGGUGGAGAGUUGUUUGAUCGGAUCAUCGCCAAGGGCCAUUAUACGGAGAGGGCUGCAGCAUCGUUGCUUAGGACCAUUGUUAAAAUCGUUCAUACCUGUCAUUCCAUGGGUGUUAUUCAUAGAGAUCUUAAACCUGAAAAUUUCCUUCUUCAAUCCAAGGAUGAGGAUUCUCCCCUUUUAGCUACCGACUUUGGUCUAUCUGUGUUCUACAAACAAGGUGAAUUAUUCAAAGAUAUUGUGGGAAGCGCAUAUUAUAUUGCACCCGAAGUAUUGAAGAGAAAAUACGGACCCGAAGUUGAUAUAUGGAGUAUUGGGGUCAUGUUAUAUAUUCUUCUAAGUGGUGUUCCACCUUUCUGGGCUGAAUCGGAGCAUGGGAUAUUCAACGCAAUCUUGCGUGGGCAUGUUGAUUUCACGAGUGAUCCUUGGCCUUCGAUAUCUCAUCCAGCCAAGGAUCUUGUAAAGAAGAUGCUGACUGCAGAUCCAAAGCACAGGUUGACAGCACAUCAAGUGCUUUCUCAUCCAUGGAUUGUGGAAGACGGAGAAGCGCCUGAUAAACCACUUGACAACGCUGUUCUUGGCAGACUAAAACAAUUUAGAGCCAUGAAUCAGUUCAAGAAAGUUGCUCUUCGGGUCAUUGCAGGAUGCCUUUCUGAGGAAGAAAUCAUGGGACUAAAGAAAAUGUUCAAAGGCAUGGAUAGUGAUAACAGUGGAACAAUAACACUUGAGGAACUAAAACAUGGACUAUCCAAGCAAGGGACGAGACUCACCGAAUCUGAAGUCAAACAAUUGAUGGAAGCUGCUGAUGCAGAUGGAAACGGAACCAUAGAUUAUGAAGAAUUCAUAACAGCAACAAUGCAUAUGAAUAGAAUGGAUAGAGAAGAUCAUCUCUACACUGCAUUCCAAUAUUUCGAUAAAGAUAAUAGCGGGUACAUUACUAUAGAAGAACUAGAGCAAGCUCUCCGCGAAUAUGGAAUGGGUGACGAAAAGGAUAUAAAGGAGAUUGUAUCUGAUGUUGAUUCAGAUCAUGAUGGUCGGAUCAACUACGAUGAGUUUGUGGCAAUGAUGAGAUCAAAAGGACAGGCAACCAUGAUGAAUCCUAAGAAAUUCAGAGAAUCGUUUGUUGCAACCUAACAACAACAAGCAAGUUCUUCUUAAGCAUGUUCGGAGAUGAUGAAGAAAAGAAAGUUGCUACUCAUGAAAUGCAUAUUUCACAUAUGUCCAAUUGGGGAUGACUUUGGCAACAGGUUCAAUCUGGUCUCGAGCGACCUACGAACUGGUGGGGAUAAUGGGUUCUAGCAAAAACUAAAAUUAGGUUGCUUUAGAAUUUUGAACAACAAUUGUAAUGGGUGUUUGGGUUGGUUUAGAGAAUAUUUCUCGAUAUGUAAGCGGAAGGUGUAAAGUCAAUCUUUUGGCUUGCUGAUCGAUUUUAGUUUAUACAAUCAUUCGAAAUCUUUUGUUUAACAUAAACAUUAUGAUUUUUCCAUUUAAACCUA